GAUUGGCCAGGAGGCAGAAAACGUCAUCGGCAAUUUAAAAUUUCAAAACUGCUGCUUUUUUUUUUGUCGUGGACGUGCACUGUUGGAGACUGCUGCAAUAUUGGAGGUUUGCACCAUCCAGUUAGCAAUUGUUUGUGAGUUAUUGUAGCCAUUUGGUUAGCAAACCCUUAUGUUAUGUGCUGCGUAUUAUGCGUACGCAUGUAGUGGAAGCUGACAAAAAAGACACACGGUGGCAUUUUUGAAAUAAACUGAUUGUAAGUUAACUCAGCACUACAAGCCUGACGGUUUUCUUUUUAAGGAAAGUGUGAACAAUGGAAGCUUUGGGAGACCGUCUGAAGCUGAUGCUGAAAACCUUCAGGAGAGAGUGCCACAGGGUUUUACAGUCUGAGAGGACCACCGUUCAUGGAGCUGAUGGCAUGCUGAUGGUGCUGCAGCUGGCCAUGGCAGAAGUGAAUAAACAGCACGGUGGAGAGUUCAAAGUGGCUCUGAGUGAUGUCCUGAUGGCCUGGAAACACUUACUGUUAGGCAAACUUCACCUGCCACCCCCCAACUUUGCACGCUUGGAGAACUAUGAUCUCAUCCUGGAGGCAUACGAAUCCUUCCUGAAACGCUCCAACACCGUGGACCUGGUUGAUAUCCUCUCCAUGUACAAACAGCUGAGACCAGCGGACUCCGAUCCAGAGGAGCCUGUGAGCCCGAUCCUGUUGUUUGAGUUCCUAUCAGGCAACAUGGAGGUCGCAGAGUUGGCAGACUCCUCAGUCCCGGCAACACCGUCUAGUAAAGGCAGGCCCUGCAGCUCACAGGUGAAAAUUGCAGUGAGAAGGGUUUUCUGCUCCUACCUGAAUUUGCUCGUGAACACCAAGAAUGACAUGGCCUUAGCACUAACCCUUGACGUCCCCAGUCGCACACUUGGACGACAGGCAUUUACCGACAUCAAGCAUGCCGCACAUAACAACAACACUUCUCUCUUCUUGGCUGUGACAUCUUUUGUGAGGGCCAUCCAGCUCGGAGGAAAGGGCUACGCUCCAGCUGAGUCUGACCCACUGAGGAAACAUGUCAAAGGCCUGUCUGACUAUGUCCAGUUUCUAGACAACCUGGAAGAAAUACUAGGGGAGAUUCCUGACCCAAGUGUAUGUGGAGCCAGGCUGGUGACCGCCAUCAGGGCAGUGCUGGUGAAGGGUCGCAGCAGUGGAGAUGCGUUGUACGCUGCAGCUGAAGAGACAACAAAGGAGCUGAAGGAGAGGAUCUGCCAGAUACACCAGAUCCAAAAACAGACUGCUAAUGGAAGCGGGACCGGGAUAAGCCCUGCAAGGCCGAAACCUUACGCAGUGAAUCAUGCCACUGCAUACGGAGGUCGGGACACUGUGAAGGUGCUGAUGGCACUGCUGGACGAAGAAGCCCUCAUUCUUCCGUGUCAGAACAAGGCAGACCUGCUGUCUGAGGAGCAGCCCGUCCUCAGUGGAGCUGAGGGAACAUGUGUCCUCACGUUGUUCAGAUCCCCUGAAGUGUCUACUGGAUGUUCUCCAGAACCCCUAAGGAAUCGAGUCCAGAGCCGGCUAGACCUGCUCAAACCCAAGGCCAGAGACAGAGUCAUACAAUCCCAGUUUGCCUGCACAUACAAAGAAGAAGAAGAACUACCACUCAACCGUGUGCUGGAGUUCCCCAGCACCAGCCAAGUCCCCACCUGUGUGCAACCAGCACCUAAACUCAAAACCACCCCAGCUGCGGACGAGGAGUGCAGCUCUGGUGUGAAGGACAGAGCAACAGCCAAGCCUACAUCUGAAUGUCAAAAUGAGGAGCAGAGUGGCAUACAGCAGGGGGCUGCUCUCAAGCCAAGAAGUGGAAAUGCCCAAACCAGAGGUGCAGGCCCUGGCAGUAGACAGAAAACUGGCAUUCAGAUGCAGAGCAAGGGCAACAAGAGAAAGCAGGUAGAUUCUGACCAACAUGGAGGAUCAGAGAACCAGUCUCCUGAGAGGAAACGGCCCACUCGUGUCUCAGUAAAAAUGCCUGGUAAGAAUGUCAGCAAGGCCUCGAGUAAGAAGAAGCUGAUAGCUGGACAGGGGAAGCUCACUAGCUUCUUCAGAGUCUAAUCAUCAUUUGCACAAACGCCAUGACAGUAUAUGGAGUUCAUACAAAGCAGCUUGUGUUGUUUUCUACCGCUGCUAAUUUUUAAAUGCUGCUAAUGAUUAUUUUUGGUCUCAUUUAAUCUGCAGACUUUUUUUUAAAUUAACUAAAGGAAUGGUUUGACAUUUUAGUAAAAAAUAAUUAUUUUCCUUUUUGCCAAGAGUUUUUCCCUAAUUAAGUUUUCUGUGGUAAACUGAUUAACAUGAUUAUGAAAAAUUGUUUAAUUUCCUAUCAGUCUGACAAAUCAUUUGUUUGUGUAGUAGCUGUAGUUUAAAUGGUAGUUUUUACCUAUUAGGCUGUGUGGAAAUCUGAGUGGCUACAGAUCAAUUUGGUCAGUAAACUUUGUUUCAUCACGAGAUGUGGCUAAUUCUUUGCGCUUGAAAUGGGUUUCAUCAAUAGUUGUAUAGUCUAUUUAACCUGUAAAUUUCUACAAUGACACCAAUACUGUGAAUAUGAUGCAGGCUUUUCAUUUUUAAUAAACUUUUAUUUUGUUUAA